CGGACCCGACGCUUGCAGGCAUGCAAUAGCGCUCCCGCGGCCGGCCGGGGACCCGUGUAGCGCUGUUUACUGGGCUAAGCGUCGCCAAGUCGGUUUACAGUCAAUAGAGGAUGGCGUAACGCUAAAGCGCGUGUACAGCGCUGGUCUCGCCCCGACGAACCUGGCCUACAAAAAGCCGGCCCCCUCACGGGCGGCUCCGCAUUUGGAUCGAGACCGUCUCCCCGUUCGCAUGGAUGAUGCUACACGUACAACUGACACCAACCUGCGAUCAUUGGAUGCCACUGUCACAACAGAUAACUAUUAUAGAUACGGACGAGCAUCCCUAAUGGGUUUACGCGUACGAUAAUCCCAAACUGCCUGUCGAGUUACCACAAGUGAUACUUGAACUUCAGUUAGCUGACAGACCUGCAUACCUACUGUGCGCUCUCUAUCUACCAAGUUGUCACGCGGUGAUACUUUGAGAGGCAGACUUUGAGAGGCAGAUUUUGCGGAGGAUUGUUUCUUUCUCUUUUGUCCCGCAUCAUCCCGUUACCAGGAUACCAUGAUGAGUGGAGUUUGCAGGCAUCUCGGCACGUUACCAUGUUUGUCAGGGAACCGAGUCUCCAUACCAGCCAGAUCUAUGUUUGUGUGUUCUGUGCUUCUGUGCCUGAUGACCACCCAAUCCCUCAUCACAGCGGCAUCAACGACCGGUAGGAGACUACCGCACACCAACCCGUUGAUCCUUCUGGAUGCUGAAGAGGAGGAUUCCACGACGUCCUCGCACCGAGGCGGCAGUAACGAGCGGGGCACGGGGGUCGGCGGGCCGCUCGCCCCGGAAGAGGUGCUGACACCUGUGGGCGAUGAACCGUACGAAGUCACAGAGAAACAGUACCUGAGGGGUGACUGGUGCAAGACCCUCCCGCUCAAACAGCGUAUCGACGUGGAGGGCUGCAUCAGCAGGACCAUAACCAAUCGCCUCUGCUACGGUCAGUGCAACUCGUUUUACAUCCCCAAACAGUCGUCGGACUUCAACGACGCCUUCAGGUCCUGCUCUUUUUGCAAACCGUACCGGAUAACCACGUUCACGGUGAGUCUACGGUGUCCUGGACAGACCCCCAGCAUUCAGCGGAAGAGGGUGGAGAAGGUCAAGCAGUGUCGAUGUGUCGCGGUGGACGUCUCGUAAACUUUUGUGUCAUUGUGUAUGUUCAGCAACUGAACGCCCACGGAGGAGAAGGCUACGACGUGUGCGGCACGGCGGUACGCCUUGUGAUUGGUCGAAAGUCGUGCAACGUCAUCACGCGCACUGCGCAUAACUUUGACCGAGUUGAUGUCGAGUAUUAGGAUAUUUCUCUUUUGGAUUUGCGUGUUACGGAAUGAAACAAACAGGUCGUGGAAUCAUCCAGAGUAGAAGUCGGAAGUUCACACAAGAGCAAUCGGGACUGUUUUAUGAGGCGUUAUGACGUUUAUGGCACACAUCUCUUUGACUCAUUACUAUCAUUCUCGCGUAUUGUAGUUAAUGAAAUCGCAUAAUUAUUUUCCCCUAAUAAUGCUAGGCUUUCUGAAAUGAUUUCCACAUAAAGAUUGCGUUGUAUUUUCAUGAUAUAAAUCCUUAAGGAGCUCAAUGACUCAACAGACGAGUACCUACGGCGUGUGACCCAAAAGAAUGGCCUUUGGAUAACCGACAAACGAGUGUGUCAGUCCCUUCAAUGAUGUAUUCACCAGUGCCAGUUCAAAAUUCGAAAAUAUGCAACAAUUUUCAACAAAAACCAACAUGGUGCAAAUUAGUGGGGUACCAGACAUACUGCGAAUUUAACUUUUGUUUUUGUUGUUUAAAUCGAACUGGCUCUCUGCCUAGGGAUACUUAAAUAUUUUAGUAAUGCAUACCGAAAAUUACUGCCCUCAAUACCUACCUUCAAACAAAAUCAAAUUAUGAGAACCAAACAAUAUCUAAGCUACAUUUUAAUAAAUUAUUAUCCAUACAAAAUGGUGUACUGGAUUCAUGGUAAUAAUACUUAACUCGCAGUGUUCUCCUAGAGGUUUUGCACCGGUUGAGACUACUUUUGCAGAGGACAGUACUAUGUUGUAUAUGCACUGUAAACAGUUUAUCUUAUUGCUUUGAAAAAUGUUUAUUCAUACUGAGGAGAAAGGGAAUUUAUAGGGAGGAUACAACAUUUGCAAACAUCUAAAAACCAAAUGAUCAAAUUAUCACAAAAUAUC